AUGGCCAAGGAUCUGGAACCCAGGCUGCCGACGAAGCAGCUGGCUAUUCUUGCCGUUGUUCGGUUUUCAGAACCUCUCGCCUUGACCUCCGUCUUCCCUUAUCUGCCAGAGAUGAUCAAGGGGUUUGGCAUCGGCAAGAAUGACAUCGCAAAGUGGGCCGGCAUUGUCGGCGCUAUCUUCUCAAUAUCCCAGAGUCUCACGGCCGUCCCUUGGGGCUGGGCAUCCGACCGGAUAGGCCGAAAGCCUACCAUCCUCCUCGGCCUUACCUGCACCAUGAUAUGCUUCAUCUUCUGGGGAAUCUCGACCUCUCUGCCGAUGGCUAUCGCUGUCAGAGCCCUCCUCGGUGCCGGGAACGGCAAUGUUGGCAUUAUCAGGACCAUGGUUGCCGAGAUGGUUCCCGAGAAGGUACUUCAACCCAAGGCAUUUUCCAUCAUGCCCUUGGUCUGGUCGAUAGGCUCCGUCUUUGGCCCUGCCUUUGGCGGUUUCUUUGCCAAGCCCGCCGAGCAAUAUCCUUCGUUGUUUGGCAACAUCGAGUUUCUCAAAAAGUUUCCAUUUGCGUUGCCCAAUCUCGUGGCUUGCGUUUUCUUCACACUGUCCGUCAUCACUGCGGCACUGUUCCUCGAGGAAACACUUGCAAGCAAGAAGCACAGCAGGGACUGGGGUCUGGUCUUGGGCGAAAAGCUGACCCGGUCCUUCCAACGCCAUCCCCGUCCGCACCUACGCAGACAUUCGCUUGUCGACGCCGAGGCUUCUGCUCCGCUGCUCACCCAGGACGAGAGGGACCCCGCCGAUCUGAUCGUGGACAUCACCCCGGAGCCCAAGACCGGCGACAUCUUCACCUACGACACCAUCAUGGCCCUCGUGUGCUACACCUUUCUCGCCCUGCACUCCGUCGCCUACGACCAGGUCCUUCCGGUGUUUCUGAACUAUCCCACCCAGGUGCCUGACAAGCACAACACCAAGCUACCGUUCAAGUUCUCUGGCGGCUUCGGCUUGGAGUCCGGGAGGAUAGGGACCAUCUUCACCGCCUACGGAGUAGCCUGCGGCGUCAUCCAGUUCUUCAUCUUCCCACCCCUCUGCACCCGAUUCGGUUCGCUCAGGUGCUACAGACUCGCAAUGCUCCUCUACCCCGUCGUCUACCUCGUGACCCCCUACACGGGGCUCAUCCAGACCGAGCGCACGCGCUACGCCGCCCUGGGCCUCAUCCUGCUCGUCAAGGGCUUCGUCGGCAUCAUCGGCUUCCCCUGCAUCACCAUCAUGCUCACCAACGCCGCGCCCUCGCUCAAGAUCCUCGGCACCCUCAACGGCUUCGCCACCACCUUCAGCGGCGUGGGCCGCGCCGCGGGCCCCGCCCUCACCGGCGCCGCCUUCACCUGGGGCGUGCAGCGCGGGUACAUGAUCACGGGCUGGUGGACGCUGGCCGCCAUCGCCGUCCUCGGCGCCGUGCCGCCCUUCUUCAUGCGCGAAGGCGAGGGGCCCUACCGGCCCGUCGACGCCCGCGACAUCGAGGAGCUGUACGAGGAGGCCAUGCUGGACAUCGACGCCGACGGCGACGACGGCAGUGACGAUGACGACGACGACGGCCUGGCGCGCGACGCCCAGCGCAAGCUGGCCGCCAGCAAGAACGCCCGCAGCGUGCCCGAGGAGACGGUCAUCCCGGAGCCCGACGACCUGGCGCCCGUCUCGCCGCCCCUGUCGCCGCAGAGCAUCGUCAAGCGCAGCAGCACCAUCGUCGGGGGGCCCGGGCCGGCAGGCGCCCACGUGCGCCUGCGCAGCAUGUCGGCCGGCGGCAAGGACCUCGAGCACAACAGGGACGAUCCGGACUGGCGGGCCAAGCAAGGGGACGACGAGAUCGAGGGCUGA